AUGGAGAGCAAUCUGCAAACAUUGAUUGAGUCGGGCCAGGAGGAUAGUGAAGAUCUUAGGACCCAAGUUUAUGUUGAUACUAUGGGUCCUGAGAGGCAUAAUAGAGUCAGAGGAUACGAUCAUGGUGUGACUCCUGAUAUGGUGUCUUAUGCAUCUUCUUCAUCUUCUACAUCAAUUUCCUCCAGGAGAUCAUCUAAGAGUUCAAUGGCGUUGCUGAUGACUCAAAAUAAUGAGUUGAAAAUGAGGGACGAAAAUAAUAAUAAACGGAUUUCGGACCUAGAGAACAAGCAAAAUCAGUUGUUUGCAUGGUUUUUUCAAAGAUUUCAGCCACAACCACCGUAUAGCUCGGGAACCCAACAAUCAGGCCAGAGUCAACCUCCUCAACAGUCGGGCCAAAGUCAGCCUCCCCCUGCAUAUCCGUAUGCUGGCCAUAAUCAGCAACCUCCAUAUCCUGUGUAUCCGAUGCCUGCGCAGCCCAUGCCAUACAUGCAGCAGCAGCCCAUGCCAUACAUGCAGCAGCCGCCCAUGCCAUACAUGCAGCAGCCACCUUAUCAAGUGCCAGUAUAUCGACCUGAGAUGGCUGCUCCUAGUGGAUCUUUUCCUGAAGUUCCAGCUGGGGGGUUUUCUGGAAUGCUUGCAGGUGUUGGAUUUGAUGUGGACUUGUCGAGGAUUUUUGGAUCAGAUGGAGGAUCUCAAGGAGGAGGAUCUCAAGAAGGAGGAUCUCAAGAAGGAGGAUCUCAAGGAGAAGGUUCUCAAGCAGAAGGAUCUGGACGACGUUCAGGCGCAGAUUCGGUUGGGUAG